CGCACGGGCAAUUGAAUACAAAAAGGGCAGGCCUCCUGCGCCCUCCUUCCCACCCCCCUUCCUGCCCGGGGUGUGGAGCACCGGCCAGGUGUGGGCUGGGGUGGUUGGUUACCGCCUUUUGCACCAGCGGCGGCGAGAAGGGGGGGCGGGCGCUCUUUCUUUUUCUCUUAGAAGAGGGUUUAGCACAGGUUUUCUCGUUCUCACUUCCACCCCGCCUCACCGCCUCCCGACCCCCCUCUCCCCCUCCCCACCUAUCGUCAUGACGGCGUCUCCGGAUUACUUGGUGGUGCUUUUUGGGAUCACUGCCGGGGCCACCGGGGCCAAGCUGGGCUCGGAUGAGAAGGAGCUGAUCCUGCUGUUAUGGAAAGUCGUGGAUCUGGCCAACAAGAAGGUGGGACAGUUGCAUGAAGUGCUAGUGAGACCCGAUCAGUCGGAGCUGACCGAGGAUUGUAAAGAAGAAACGAAGAUCGACGCGGAAAGCCUGUCCUCCGCCCCGCAGCUGGACCAAGCCCUCCGACAGUUUAACCAGUCAGUAAGCAAUGAACUGAAUAUUGGGGUUGGAACCUCCUUCUGCCUCUGUACUGAUGGGCAGCUUCAUGUCAGGCAAAUCUUGCAUCCUGAGGCUUCCAAGAAGAAAGUAUUAUUGCCCGAAUGCUUCUAUUCCUUUUUUGAUCUUCGAAAAGAAUUCAAGAAGUGUUGCCCUGGCUCACCUGAUAUUGAUAAACUGGAUGUUGCAGCAAUGGCAGAGUAUUUAAACUUUGAGAAGAACAGUUCAGUCUCCCGGUAUGGAGCCUCUCAAGUUGAAGAUAUGGGGAAUAUAAUUUUAGCAAUGAUUUCAGAGCCUUAUAAUCACAGGUUUUCAGAUCCAGAGAGAGUAAAUUACAAAUUUGAAAGUGGCACUUGCAGCAAGAUGGAACUUAUCGAUGACAACACCAUAGUCCGGGCUCGAGGUUUACCAUGGCAGUCUUCAGAUCAAGACAUUGCAAGAUUCUUCAAAGGACUCAAUAUUGCCAAGGGAGGUGCAGCACUUUGUCUGAAUGCCCAGGGUCGAAGGAACGGAGAAGCUCUGGUUAGGUUUGUAAGCGAGGAACACAGAGACCUAGCAUUACAGAGGCACAAACAUCACAUGGGGACCCGGUACAUUGAGGUUUACAAAGCAACAGGUGAAGAUUUUCUUAAAAUUGCUGGUGGUACAUCCAAUGAGGUAGCCCAAUUUCUCUCCAAGGAAAAUCAAGUCAUUGUCCGCAUGCGCGGGCUCCCUUUCACGGCCACAGCUGACGAAGUCGUAGCCUUCUUUGGACAGCAUUGUCCCAUCACUGGGGGGAAGGAAGGCAUUCUUUUCGUUACCUACCCAGAUGGUAGGCCAACAGGGGAUGCUUUUGUCCUCUUUGCCUGUGAGGAGUAUGCACAGAAUGCAUUGAGGAAGCAUAAGGACUUGUUGGGUAAAAGAUACAUUGAACUCUUCAGGAGCACAGCAGCUGAAGUCCAGCAGGUGCUGAAUCGAUUCUCUUCGGCCCCUCUUAUUCCACUUCCAACCCCUCCCAUUAUUCCAGUACUACCUCAGCAAUUUGUGCCCCCCACAAAUGUUAGAGACUGUAUACGCCUUCGAGGUCUUCCCUAUGCGGCUACAAUUGAGGACAUCCUGGACUUUCUGGGGGAGUUUUCCACAGACAUUCGAACUCACGGGGUUCACAUGGUAUUAAAUCACCAGGGCCGCCCAUCAGGAGAUGCCUUUAUCCAGAUGAAGUCUGCGGACAGAGCAUUUAUGGCUGCACAGAAGUGUCAUAAAAAAACCAUGAAGGACAGAUAUGUUGAAGUCUUUCAGUGUUCAGCUGAGGAGAUGAACUUUGUGUUAAUGGGGGGCACUUUAAAUCGAAAUGGCUUAUCCCCACCGCCAUGUAAGUUACCAUGCCUGUCUCCUCCCUCCUACACAUUUCCAGCUCCUGCAGCGGUUAUUCCUACUGAAGCUGCCAUUUAUCAGCCCUCUGUGCUUUUGAAUCCACGAGCACUACAGCCCUCCACAGCGUACUACCCGGCGGGCACCCAGCUCUUCAUGAACUACACUGCGUACUACCCCAGUGGUCUGGAACCAAACCUACAACGUCUACAAGCCCCCCAGGUUCGCCCAAUAGUCUUGGCUACUUCCCUACAGCUGCUAAUCUUAGCGGUGUCCCUCCACAGCCUGGCACGGUGGUCAGAAUGCAGGGCCUGGCCUACAAUACUGGAGUUAAGGAAAUUCUUAACUUCUUCCAAGGUUACCAGUACGCAGCCGAUGAUGGACUUGUACACACAAAUGACCAGGCCAGGACUCUACCCAAAGAAUGGGUUUGUAUUUAAGGGCCCCAGCAGUUAGACCAUCCUCAUAAAAGAAGUGUUUGAAAGAUGUAUGGUGAUCCCAAAACCGUCAGAUAAGACAACUUCUAGCAACUGCAGGGGAAGUUUGUCUACACUCAGGCUGCAGUAUUUUCAGCAAACAUGAUUGGACAGUGGGCCUGCGACCUAUCUUUUGGUAAAGUAAAAAAUGUGAGCCAGUGAAGCCAAAUCCUUCUAGCAAGCAGCAUGCCUGGCUCCUUGCUGAUUGCAAAUAGGUGUCUAAAAUGUGAAUUGGAAAUCUCGUGACUCUAAUACUUCCAGCUAACGUGGCAUCAUAGGUGUUUCCUAAGUUUUAUGCCGUGGACAAAAAAUACUUGUGUCUACCAUCUCCAUCAGGAACUCUGCUGUGGAAGCUUCGUUUGUGUCUUUCCAUUUUUCUGUCUCCAGCUCCCUACCUUCUGCACGAGUGUGCCCUCUUACUAAGUAAUUCAAGAAUAAGGUCCUGGAAUACUUAAGUCACAAACAUAAGAAGAUAAAUAAAACUACUAUAUUUUCCCACUA